CGAGAUCCUUUCAUAUGGACUUGUAUUACAUUGGUUGUUUUAUUCUGGUCUGGUUCCCCAUACCACCCCAAGCUUGAAUAAUAGAUCAACCGUUUGAUGUAAAAAAAAUGUAUUGGUUUUGAUUUAUUUGCUUACUAUAAUGUAUAUUCUUUUAUGUAUACAAAUUAUUUUUUUAAUAGGUGGUCUAUACUAUGUUGUUUGAUCCUGACAAUCUCAUAAAUACACUUCUUCAAAUCGAAGUGAUUUUUAAUAUGUGAAGCACUAUAUAUAUAUAUAUUAUUUUAUUCAAAUUAAAUAAUUUAGUCUUGAUUUUUAUUAUUAUUAUAAAUAUUUUAAUGAAAUAUCACGACAAGAUUUCAAUCACCUCCUUUUGAGUUUCUUCAAAGAAUGAUAGAUUUGAUCAUUCGUGUAAUAUUUGUUUUUUGCUAAUAUUCUAUCGGGCUAUUAUAAUUGUAAGAAUGAGAGAUUUGAAAUAUUUAUUAUAAGUUUUUUGGUUUAUCAUUUAAUAAAUCAAAUAGUUCUUAGGUUAUACAUAGUUGACAUAUACUAGAAUGGUAAAGUAGAAUAUAUAUAUAUAUAUAUAUAUAAUUAUCGGUAUACUUUUAAGUAACUAAACCUCAAAAGCGUGGGUUAAUAAAAUAAAUAAUUUGUUUUUUCUUGUUCUAGAAUUAGAUGAUAUUUAGAUCGAACUGGUGAAUAUAUACUAGAUAGACAUUUAUAUUUCGAGUCUGCACUUAUAUUCUAUAACAGUUUGAUAUAUUAGAUUUGAACACUAACAUGUGAAUAGAGUAUACCAGUGAUUUUUUUACAAAAAAAUUGAUUCUUAGAUAUGUAUUUGGAGUGGAACUAAUUUUUAUGGAUGUCCAUUUUUUAAAUUGACCUUUACGUAAUUUACCGAUUUUUUUUUUAAAAAAGAAUAAAAGAAACAAAAAUCAUAUUAGUGAAACAAAAACGAGAAUGAAAGCAUAAUUUCAUAGAGUUAGAAAAUUUCCAAAGAGUCCGAAAUUGAAUUCAUAUCCCUCCCUCCAAAGUAAUAUAAUUCGACCCAAAUUUUUUCUCCCACAAAACAAAUAAUGUCGUCAAGUUGGGGAGACGAAGAGGAGUUUACAGAGGAGGAUCUUCUCGCAAUCGAGGCCAUAGAGGCUUCCCAUCUCUCCCAAUCGUCUUCUUCUUCUUCUUCUUCUUCGACCGUACGGCCUGUGACCUCAAAUCCAAAUCAGAUCCGGCGCCAAUUGCCUCGUUCCAUCACUUCUCCCACACCCUCGAAGCGAUUUCCACUCUCUCGUUGCAGAGCUAAGAAUUUUCCAGCGAUGAGGUUUGGCGGUAGGAUUUUGUAUAGCAAGACUGCUAGUGAGGUUGAUAGGCGAGCAAUGCAGCUUCUUAAGGUUCUCGAUACCAAGAGAGAUCAUUCUGGACGAGCUUUUAUUGGCUUUGAUAUUGAGUGGAGACCCAGUUUUAGAAAAGGUGUUCUCCCAGGGAAGGCUGCAGUUGUGCAGAUAUGUGUAGAUAAUAGUUAUUGUGAUGUAAUGCAAAUUAUACACUCUGGAAUCCCACAGAGUCUCCAACAUCUUAUUGAGGAUUCAUCUCUCGUAAAGGUAGGUAUUGGAAUUGACGGUGACUCUGUGAAGCUUUUCCAUGACCAUGGAGUGUCCAUCAAAGAUGUCGAAGACCUUUCUGAUUUAGCCAACAAAAAAAUUGGCGGAGGUUUGAAAAAAUGGAGCCUUGCGUCACUAACUGAGACACUUGUUUGCAAAGAGCUCCUUAAGCCGAAUCGAAUCAGGCUCGGAAACUGGGAGGUGCGUCCUUUGUCAAAGGAGCAGUUACAGUACGCAGCAACCGAUGCUUAUGCUUCGUGGCAUCUUUACCACGUGCUAAAGGACCUUCCUGAUGCUGUGGAUGGAUCAUAACGUGGACGACGAACCUUAAAGGUUAACCACUAGAUGCAGUCUUACGGAUUUGCAAAAGAACAUUUGAACAUUGUGGCUAGUUGCAAACCACUUUAGUCGUAACUCAUGCUCGGUUUAAAUGUUUCUGCGGUAUAAAAUAAAGUAUAAGGUCCUGGAACAAUCGAGAAACCAGGGGCUUUGUGGUGAGCUUUUUGAUUCAGACUUGGAGUACAAUGUAAAGAUUUGAAAAGCUCUUCCACAGACUUGGAGUACAAUGUAAAGAUUUGAAAAGCUCUUCCACAGACUCUUUUUAUGUUCUUAUAAAUAAAUCUUAGAAACUUAUUUAAGCAAAACGGGAAACACAAAUAUGUAAGAGUUGAACCACAAGAAGGAAACAAAAACAGACAUUGCAAUUACAUGAAAAGCAUUACCAGAGCGAUGAUGUCUUGUCAUGAAAAUUCAAAACCAAAGUUAUGAUAAGAACCAAAGAGAAUUCUUAACGACAUCUAUAUACUAUACUAGUAUAUACUAAAAGGGGAUAUAAGCUCCUCUUAGAGUGUCAACGUAAUAGAAUAGCCGUUCGACGUCAAAAAAAAAAAAAA